AUGCUUGUAUUCUGCGCCAAAGGACACGCUUUGCUUUGUUUGACUUUUGUUUUUAUGACAGCCGCGCAAUAUGAAAACUACAGCUUCAUUAAUUUCCCCACAGAUGAGCUGGUGCCGCUCACCACUGCGUAUGGACUGGCUUUGGAUCAUUACGCAGCAGAGAACUGGACUGAAUCGAUCCAAUAUUUGGAGCUGAGUUUGCGUUUGCUCCGGCUGCUUAGAGACAGUGUGAGGUACUGCGUGCUGCACUGUAACAGCAGCAGACAUGAAGAACCUGCCUUUGGGGGAAACCAGGAGCUCCGCGUCUACUGGCACGUUAUGAUGAGAGCGUCCUGUCAGAAGAAGUGCAGGGAGCACUUCCCCGCGCUGCAGCUCCCCCCUCCCAGCAGGCACAUCCUGUACGACUUCAGCAGAAGAUCUGCAUACAGAUAUCUGCACUUUGCGCACUCCAGGCUCAAUGAUCUGCAGAGCGCCAUCCCAUGUGCCUACACCUACCUCCAGAAGAACCCUGAGGACCAGGAGAUGCGGCAGCUGAUGGAGGAGUACAAGAGCCAGUACGACCUGAGCGGCUACCUCACCGACCACGAAGAACAACAACAUGAGGCCUCCUUUGUGAGAGGAGUGAAACUCAUCAACUCAGGUGACUUCAGCACGGGUGUUGAACACAUGGAGGACGCUCUGAGACUUUACCUCCACGAGUAUGACCUCUGUCAGGCUGACUGUGAAGGGAUCAGUCAGCUUACGCCACACACUGACUUCUACGCAGUCAUAGCAGAUGUUUACGUUGACGUGUUACGCUGUAAGCUCAGAUGUGAAGAAAACUUGAAGCCUAAUGUCGGGGGUUAUUUCGUGGAGAAAUUUGUGGCCACCAUUUACCACUACCUGCAGUAUGCCUAUUAUAAGAUGAACGACGGCCGCAGUGCGGUGCCCUGUGUGUACAGCUACUUCCUGUUUGAAUCUGAGGACCAGGUCAUGAAGCAGAACCUGCAGUACUAUAAAGCCUACAGUGAACAGUGGGGGCUUCAGGCUGAACACUUCACACCCAGGAUGGAGGCUCUCAAACUCUACAACCUCACUGUCACUCAAAAGCAGAUGCUGACAUCUGCAGAGAAGUACGCAGAGAUGGGUGAUGAGGAUUUUCUUGGACCAGAGGGAGCAGCACUUUUGGCCUCAGAGUCCCCUGAUGUUGAGUUUGAGGGGAUGGGAGACUACGAGGAGUCGAUCUACGCUGACUGGAGACAACCGGAGGGCAAAGGAGACUCUGGGGAGUCAGAUAUCUGA